AUGGAAUUGCCAGGCUUUGAUGAAUUACCACUUCCAGAUCUUCCUUUGUUCAGCACUCUCUCGACACCAGAAUUUGAAUUCGAGCACACGGCGGAGUGGACUUAUGAAGAAAACAAGCAGUUCGAGGAUGCUUUGGCUGAAUUUGAUCCUACCUCGCCAUUCUUCUUCGAAAAUGUUGCUUCCAAGGUACCAUGGAAGUCCAUUGGACAGAUCAAAAAGCACUACGAGGCACUUGUCGAAGACAUAGAGAUGAUAGAAUCUGGUCUUGUCCCCAUGCCCGAUUAUCGUGAAGCUGCAGAGGAGCCUCAAGGUGGCAUGGAGAUCAAGAAUGGGAAAGGAUCUUCUUCGUGCGCUAAAAAGCCUAAUGACAACCAUUCACGGCGAAGGGGGCUUCCAUGGACUGAAGAAGAACACAAGUUAGCUUUUGGUGGAUUUCCCUCUUCUUGA